AUGAAAGUUCCUGCAGAAGGAGAUGAAGAUGCAAGCACAUCAUACGAUGAUACGGACGAUGAAUGUGUCCAAGAGGCUAAUCAAGACCAGUCUGAAGAUAGUGAACCUGAUACUGAUAACGACGAGGAAGAUAUACAGAACUACGAUAAACAAAUACAUUUGUUAUUGAAAAAAUGUAGAAAAUACAUUAAAAAAUCUCCACUCUUCAUAUUAUCAAGUGAAUUAAGAAAAUUAGCCAAUGAACAAGGAUUGACUGUAGAAUUGCUUCUAGAUAUGCGAAUUCGUUGGAACUCCACCUUUAAAAUGCUUCAACGGUUAUUUCUACUGAAACGAGUCUUGAUGAAUUUUCAUACCUUAUCAUGUUCUACUCCUGUGGGCGAUUUCGAAUUAUCUAAUGAAGAAUGGCGUGUACUUGAUACAUUAUCAAAAACUUUGGAUCCAAUUAAUGAUGCCACAGAGUUAUUUUCAGGAAGAAAUUACUCUACAUUGGCUGUAGCAUUUGCGGUUUUGAAUUCAUUAAAUUUUUUUUAA